AAUCGAGGGUUCUCAACCUUAGCUCCUCGCGUUCGAGUUAUCGCGCUCGAUUCCUCAAAGAUAGGAAAAAUCUGGCACAUCGACUGGGUCUCUCAUCGGACAUUAAACAUCGGCAGCCGCAAGAAGAGGGAUCGAGGAGAACAAGCCGAGAAGACGGGCACACGCGCUGAGAUUAUAGUGAACAAAGACUGCACGCGACUCAGCUGCCAAAUCAUCAAAGACCAUCGUGAUAAAUUGAUAAUCGUUGAGCAGCCGCUGCAGACAGACCUACCAAAGAAUGUCUUCCUCCGCCUGGUCUGUGCAGAGUAUAGGCGACUCCAGAAGAUCAUCGCCAGACGCAGAUUUCUUCGUUAUCAAGCGCCCUUCGCAGAGAACCUUCAGAAAACUCUUUCAAUCUCGAACUCCUAUACGCUGUUUCAAUUCAGCGUUACGCAUCGACCAAUGUACCCUCAGGUAUGCCAAGAGAAAAAUUCGGAAAUUGAUUAUUCGUCAUUUGGACCUAUCCAAACUGUACGGAGAUCUGCCUCAAUCUCGCUUGGAUUUUCUAAAACGCGAGGUACUACUGGACACAGAAUUAUCGUUCAUGAUACAAUACGAAGACGGCUGGGCGGUUGAUGUACUGGUUCGUAACCUGUAUUUCCAACGUCUUAAAUUGGUUGAAGAAAAGCUGAAAUUGGCUCGGAAGACACAGGUUUGGAUUUCCUAUUCCACUGUAAAGUUUAUUGCCCAAUAUAUCUUACAGUGUCACUGUCGUCGAAAGUCGCUUCCCAGUUGUCCUUGCGUCUCUCCAGAACGCGGCCUGAUAAGCAGACGUACCCGGUCUGCCUCGUCACGUAUAGCUCUCCUAUCCGCUCGCUUAGAUUCAGCAACACCAAGUCUUCUUCAUUUUCAUUCAGCCAUCGUCCGGGCUGGCCUCUGCACAGACGAGCAUCUACGUCAACUCUUUCGCAUGACACCCAAAUCGAGAGAUAAAUUCAUUUCACAAGCACUAGGGAAAUCAACCUUAUUUGAACGAGUUGCGGUCAUGGACAUUCUGGGACGGAUGAACAACGAAUUGUAGUUUGUAAAUAAUGAACCGGGAUUCCGCGGGAUGGUAAAGAACCUCAACGAUGGUGCCAACCUUCUUGUAUCAUAGUGUAUAAAUGCCGCGCGCGCAAGCGAGGCUGUGGAAGUCGAUUGGCCGCACCUCUGAGGGGGAAAAUGCACCCGUUGUGUGAAGGGGCCUGAAAAAAAAAAACCGGCAGAGUUGAGUGAGCCCUUGCAAUGGCACGAUCCUACCCUGAAGAGCCGAACCAUUUGUUUGUCGUAUCUGUUUUUCAAAUGACGAGUCAUUACAUCUGUUGCAGGUGGAAGGAUCUUGAUCCUUGCUAAAGCUGAAAAAUUCAGCGGCCAGAACCUAUACAUUUGAGCAAAAGAAACAAACCAUACAAAAUGUAUGAAUUAUGUAAUAUAGUAUCAUACACAGAGCUACACCCAAUAAAAGUCGGUAUUUACGCAUACUGUACAAAACCCAAGUCAACGUCUCGAACCAAUGCGAUGAGCAAAUGAAUGA